AUGUUCUCCUCAGCUCCUCUCUGCUUCUCUCUGCUCUCCUCAGCUCCUCUCUGCUUCUCUCUGCUCCUCUAUGCUCUCCUCAGCUCCUCUCUGCUUCUCUCUGCUCCUCUCUGCUCUCCUCAGCUUCUCUCUGCUUCUCUCUGCUCCUCUCUGCUCUCCUCAGCUUCUCUCUGCUUCUCUCUGCUCCUCUCUGCUCUCCUCAGCUUCUCUCUGCUUCUCUCUGCUCCUCUCUGCUCUCCUCAGCUUCUCUCUGCUUCUCUCUGCUCCUCUCUGCUCUCCUCAGCUCCUCUCUGCUUCUCUCUGCUCUCCUCAGCUCCUCUCUGCUUCUCUCUGCUCCUCUCUGCUCUCCUCAGCUUCUCUCUGCUUCUCUCUGCUCCUCUCUGCUCUCCUCAGCUUCUCUCUGCUUCUCUCUGCUCCUCUCUGCUCUCCUCAGCUUCUCUCUGCUUCUCUCUGCUCCUCUCUGCUCUCCUCAGCUCCUCUCUGCUUCUCUCUGCUUCUCUCUGCUCUCCUCAGCUCUUCUCUGCUUCUCUCUGCUUCUCUCUGCUCCUCUCUGCUCUCCUCAGCUCUUCUCCGCUUCUCUCUGCUUCCCUAUGCUCUCCUCAGCUCCUCUCUGCUCUUCUCUCCUCUCUGCCCCUCUAUGUUUCCUUCAGCUCCUCUCUGCUCUUCUCUGCUCGCCUCAGCUCCUCUAUGCUCCUCUAUGCCCCCCUAUGCUCCCCUCAGCUCCUCUCUCCUUCUCUCUGCUCCCCUAUGCCCCCCCUAUGCUCCCCUCAGCUCCUCUCUCCUUCUCUCUGCUCCUCUCUGCUCCCCUAUGCCCCCCUAUGCUCCCCUCAGCUCCUCUCUCCUUCUCUCUGCUCCUCUCUGCUCCCCUAUGCCCCCCUAUGCUCCCCUCAGCUCCUCUCUCCUUCUCUCUGCUCCUCUCUGCUGCCUCCACAUCCCGGUGCAGCCUCACGCCGGCUGUCAGAUCCCAUUACCUAA